CAUUAUUGAUGUGCAACGAAGAGCUCCUUUCGGCAUCCGUGUCUCGUCGGAAGGAAAACAACAAACGUUGUGUCCUCGAUGGAUGGCAAUGCACCGUACCGUAGUUYGCAAGGCAUUGCAGCGUGCAACAUUGCCCUUUGUGCCCGGUUUGGUGUGCCGCGGAACCAAACCAGCCCUUGCUCCGCCGCCUACAGACCCACGACGACGGGGCAGCACAGCUUCCGGAUGGCCUUGACGACCGAGAGGGCCACGAUCGCGGACGUCCGUGGAUUCGUUUUCGAGGGAGCCGCCUCCACCUCCACCGCUAUGGUCCCCGCGGCACCCCGGAAGGAGAGCAAGACGCGGUUGCCCCCGGCCCUUGGAUCCGCGACGAGGCUCGCCCUGGUGGCGUCGAGGCCGGCCGUCGCCAGGGCGAGCAUCGCGGCGACGUUGGCGUUCUUGGGAAAGGUGGACGCGGCCUCCCGUGAGGAUCCCUCGAAGAGGACCCUGGGCUCCGAGAGGGAGAGGAGGUCGGGGUGGUCGUUUUCCGCGGGGGUCCCCAACCACGCCCCCGGCGGCUUGAUCUGCGUGACCAAGACCUCCCCGCAGCCGGCCAGGGCGGCCGCCCCCAUCCAGUCCAGGGCCGGCAUGGAUCCCGUGCAGAGGACGAGGCGGGCGCCGCUGGAUUCCGCCGCGGACCGCAGGUCGCGGUACAGGGUUUCGUCCGUCAGGGCUCCGAUGGAGGUGAUCAUCAGGUCCCUGCCCAUCUCGAGGCACCUCUUUCCGUGCUCCCGCACGGCUGCCUGCCCCGCGGCUUCGAUGCAGAUGUUCCAAUCGGAACCGGCCGCAAAAAACUCGUCGGCGUCCGUGGUGCACCGAACGGCAGCCGCCGCCGCGGCCCUGGGUUCUUGGCUUUUUGGUGGUGCGAUUGGUGGCGACGAAUCGUCCGUGAGCACGGAACGGACUUCCUCCUCGGACCGCUCCCUCCGCACCAGGAUUGCCGCGAGAACCGAAGGCCCGGCCUGCUGGUUGGCGAUCAUUUUGGCCACGGUGCUGUUGAUCGCACCGCAUCCGAGCAAACCGAUCCGCAGGGGCUCCCGCUUGCGCCUCUUGCGGUGGUUCGCUUCGGUGCCUGCAUCGGGGGUUCCUUCUGCUGGAUCGGCCAUGGCGGCAACGAACGCCUGCUGUGGUGGAAGCACUGGGAGCAAGUUCUACAAGCUAAGGGACUGCCCGGCGAUCAAGGAUCGAAAGCAAUCGGAAAAAUAAAAAAAAUAAGAUCGGUCGUG